GCCACAUACCUACUUGAUAUCUCAGUGAUACUCCCGCGAUGCUGUUGAUGUCCCCCACUUCAGAUCAUUGCAAUGCCUCUUGAUCUUAUCAUUUUUCUUCAGUCUAAAGUCCUCAUUUCCAACACCAUAAUUCUCAACUCUACUUUACAACUUAAGAAUGGAGCUAAGCUUAAAAUGAUGCAAGUGAUGUCAUUUAGUUUUAUGAAAAAAUUAAUCUUGAGUUAAAUUUAAUUAAAUAUUUCCCUUCUUGAUUUUGUGCUUAGGAAAAUGGAAAUACCACUAAUUUGAAGAGGGAGUUGGUCAAAUUGUUUGGUGUUUCACUUUGCCAAGGGCUGCAUACUCAAUUGAAUAUUGAGCCACAGAUUAAGUUGUCCAAAUCAAUGUUUGGCGAUUACCAGUGUGAAAGUGCCAAGGUUAUGUUUGCUAAACUGAAAGGAACAUGUAGUCAAUACCAGAACUCUCUAGCUGUUGGAGAGAGUCAUCCUCGGUUGCUGCAAAUGGGUUCGUGAAUGUCGUUUUGUCAAAAACAUGGAUGGCUAAGGGAGAAAGCUUUUACAAUCCAUAUAUUCCCGGGGUGAUAGAGGAACUUACCCAUAAAGGGUUAGUCAAAGAAAGUGCAGGUGCUCGUGCCAUAUUCAUUGAAGGCUAUUGCGUGCCUCUAAUUGUUGUGAAGAGAGAUGGAGGUUAUAACUAUGCUUCUACUGAUCUUGUUUCUCUUUGCCUGAAUGAGGAGAAAGCUGAUUGGAUUAUUUAUGUCACUGAUUCUUCCCAGGAACAACAUUUCACGAUGAUUUUCAAAGUGUGUCCUUGCUUUUAUGGGCAGCCAAACAUGCAGGUUGGCUCCCGUCUGCUCAUAAUUUGUACCCAAAAGUCACUCAUGUGGCUUUUGGCGUUUAUAAAGGGGAGGAUGGAAAGCGCUUUCAGACUCGUAAAACUGAUGUCAUUCUAUUAGCUGAUGUUCUUGACGAGGCCAAGAAGCGUUGUAAAAGUGAACUUAUAGAGCGUGGCAUAUAUAGUAACCGUAAUAAUUUACAUACUCCGUAUAAUACAGAGUAAUUUAUUUUCCAUCAUUUUCAAUGGAAUCAAAGACUCACUAUUUUUUGGCUUGAGAAUAUGAUGGAAUAAAGCAAAAUGGCUCACUAAACUGUUUGUGCUUCUUUGUUAUGAAGUAACAGUCAGUCUAUGCAAUUUUCGACGUGGUUUUCACUAUGGGUCAUUUUUAUUUAAUGACCUUUAUUAAAUAAUUUUAUUAUAAUUAUUAUUUUAAAUAAAUAUAGCGUACUAUUUGUCUCGAAUAUAAGCCCAAAAUAUUAUCUCGCCCAUAGGCCCGAAAAUAGACCGGACCGGCUCUGAUGCUAGUGGAACUUUUGUUAUAUUGUCUUUUUUGUGCUUUUUGUUGUG